AUGCUCGCACUGACACCCCCACCCCUUCCGGGCCCCCUGGGCACACUGCCCCGCUGCCUGCAGCGCCUUGCAGAGGGCGCAAAGCAGAUCGCUGAUUACGGCAACGCCUUCCAGCAAGACUUCACCACCCUAGUGCACGUGGUCAACAACUCGAAGCGUGCCGCCACCACCGACGACGGUUCAGGUGCCAUCGUGAACGUCUGCAAGACUUUUGACAACUACAAGAAGAACCCCACCGUGUAUGCCGACCCGACGUCUGAUGCAUCGAUCAACGCGCUGCUGGCAUCCGUCUGUGCCACGCUGAACAAGAACGGCCCCCAGGCCGCAGCGGCCCUGGCCAAGGCGUCCCUGAAGGACGUUGUGAACGAGGCGGUGGCGAAGAACAAGGCCAAGAACACCCAGAGCCACACAACCCUCCCUACUUCCACCGGCGCGACUGCCGCCUCCGCCGGCGCCGCUGCGACGCCCGCCGUGAAGGCUGCUUCCGGCGCCGCCAACGGCCUGAGUGCCCUGAGCGGCCUCGGCAGCGGGCUGAGCGGCCUCAACAUUGGCAACGGACAGAUCGCAAACCAGAUCGCCACGGCUGCAGUGACCCAGCUCCUCCCGCAGCUGCUCGCGUCCGUCGACCAGCAGGCGCUGCAGGAGGCCAACACGCCGGUGGCUGCAGCCGACGAUCAGACGGCCUCGACGCAGGCCGCGGACCAGACAACGGUGCCGCGGCGCUGA